CUCGCUCAGCAGCAGCUCGGUGUGCAGCGGCGAGCGGGCGACGCGGCGUGCGCCCAACGGAGCGCGACCACUCGGCUCGGAACGGAGCGCUCCCUUAGCCCCUGAGCGGCCCUCCCGGGAUCUUCAGCGGCUCCGCGCGCACGAUGCCCUCGGCCACCAGCCACAGCGGAAGCGGCAGCAAAUCAUCGGGACCGCCACCGACGUCGGGUUCCUCCGGGAAUGAGGCAGCAGCCGGGGCCGGAGCAGCUGCACCGGCUUCCCAACACCCGACCACCGGCACCGGCGCGGUCCAGACCGAGGCCAUGAAGCAGAUUCUCGGAGUGAUCGACAAGAAACUUCGGAACCUGGAGAAGAAAAAGGGUAAGCUUGAUGACUACCAGGAACGAAUGAACAAAGGGGAAAGGCUUAAUCAAGAUCAGCUGGAUGCUGUAUCUAAGUAUCAGGAAGUGACAAAUAAUUUGGAGUUUGCAAAAGAAUUACAGAGGAGUUUCAUGGCAUUAAGUCAAGAUAUUCAGAAAACAAUAAAGAAGACAGCACGUCGGGAACAGCUUAUGCGAGAAGAAGCUGAACAGAAACGUUUAAAAACUGUACUUGAGUUACAAUAUGUUUUAGAUAAAUUGGGAGACGAUGAAGUGCGAACUGAUCUGAAACAAGGUUUGAAUGGGGUGCCAAUACUGUCUGAAGAGGAAUUGUCACUGUUGGAUGAAUUCUACAAGUUGGUAGACCCGGAGCGGGACAUGAGCUUAAGGUUGAAUGAGCAAUAUGAACAUGCUUCUAUUCACUUGUGGGAUUUGCUGGAUGGGAAAGAAAAGUCUGUGUGUGGAACAACCUAUAAAGCUCUAAAGGAAAUUGUUGAGCGUGUUUUUCAGUCAAACUACUUUGAUAGCACCCACAACCACCAGAAUGGGCUUUGUGAGGAAGAGGAGACAGCCUCAGCACCUGUAGUAGAAGACCAGGGAGCUGAAGCUGAACCCGAGCCAGCGGAAGAGUACACUGAACAAAGUGAAGUUGAGUCAACAGAGUAUGUCAAUAGACAAUUCAUGGCAGAAACACAGUUUAGUGGUGAAAAAGAGCAGGUAGAAGAAUGGACAGUUGAAACAGUUGAGGUGGUAAAUUCACUCCAGCAGCAGCCUCAGGCUGCAUCUCCUUCAGUACCAGAGCCCCACUCUUUGACUCCAGUGGCUCAGUCAGAUCCACUGGUGAGAAGACAGAGAGUACAAGAUCUUAUGGCACAGAUGCAAGGACCUUACAAUUUCAUACAGGAUUCAAUGCUGGAUUUUGAAAACCAGUCACUUGAUCCUGCCAUUGUAUCAGCACAGCCCAUGAAUCCGACCCAAAAUAUGGAUAUGCCCCAGCUGGUUUGCCCUCCGGUUCAUUCUGAAACUAGACUUGCUCAACCUAAUCAAGUUCCUGUACAACCCGAAGCCACACAGGUUCCUUUGGUUUCAUCCACAAGUGAGAGUUACACAGCAUCUCAGCCCUUGUACCAGCCUUCUCAUGCUACAGAGCAACGGCCACAGAAGGAACCAAUUGAUCAGAUUCAGGCAACAAUCUCAUUAAACACAGACCAGACUACAGCAUCAUCUUCCCUACCUGCUGCUUCUCAGCCUCAGGUGUUCCAGGCUGGGACAAGUAAACCUUUGCACAGCAGUGGAAUCAAUGUAAAUGCAGCUCCAUUCCAAUCCAUGCAAACAGUGUUCAAUAUGAAUGCACCGGUUCCUCCUGUUAAUGAACCAGAAACUUUAAAACAGCAGAAUCAGUACCAGGCUAGUUACAACCAGAGUUUUUCCAGUCAGCCUCACCAAGUGGAACAAACAGAGCUUCAGCAAGAACAGCUUCAAACAGUGGUUGGCACUUACCAUAGUUCCCAGGACCAACCCCAUCAGGUGACUGGUAACCACCAGCAGCCUCCCCAGCAGAAUGCUGGAUUUCCACGUAGCAGUCAGCCUUACUACAACAGCAGGGGUGUGUCUCGAGGAGGUUCCCGUGGUGCUAGAGGCUUGAUGAAUGGAUACCGGGGCCCUGCCAAUGGAUUCAGAGGAGGAUACGAUGGCUACCGCCCUUCAUUCUCGAACACUUCAAACAGUGGUUAUACACAGUCUCAGUUCAGCGCUCCCCGGGACUACUCUGGCUAUCAACGGGAUGGAUAUCAGCAGAAUUUCAAGCGAGGCUCUGGGCAGAGUGGACCACGGGGAGCCCCACGAGGUCGUGGAGGGCCCCCAAGACCCAACAGAGGGAUGCCGCAAAUGAACACUCAGCAAGUGAAUUAAUCUGAUUCACAGGAUUAUGUUUAAUCGGCAAAAACACACUGGCCAGUGUACCAUAAUAUGUUACCAGAAGAGUUAUUAUCUAUUCGUUCUCCCUUUCAGGAAACUUAUUGUAAAGGGACUGUUUUCAUCCCAUAAAGACAGGACUACAAUUGUCAGCUUUCUAUUACCUGGAUAUGGAAGGAAACUAUUUUUACUCUGCAUGUUCUGUCCUAAGCGUCAUCUUGAGCCUUGCACACCAUACUCAGAUUCUUCACCCUUGCUUAGGAGUAAAACACAAUAUUCUUUACAGGGUGGUAACAUCUCCAUAGUAAUAUGAAGUGGCUGGAAAAAAAAGAAAAAUUUGAUUUUGACAUUGGAUAAAAUCUACAGAUCAUCCCUAGAGUUAUUCAGUGGUAACUGAUAAAAAUAAGAGGCCUUCCUUGAAAGGAAGGCGAAAAAAGUAGUUUGUGGUUUGGUCAAGCAGCUGCAUUUCACAGCUUUCCCAGUUAAAUUGGAGCAUUAAGUGAAGCAUACCAGUUAUGCAUGGGUGCUUAAUCACAUGCGUAAGGCUGGCUGACAGGCUACUAGCAGCUACAGCACUGUUGUCUAGCCAAAUAACUGUGAUUAAAAACACAUGUAAGUUGCUUUUUUUUUUAACAGCUGAUAUUGUACAAGACAAAGCCAAAACACAAAAGUAGGCUUUGAUUGGAACUUUUUAAAAAUAUGCAAGAAAUGUGGGAUAUAAUUUGGACAGGCUACUUCUGUAUGUAAUGUGAAAUAUUUGAUAGCUUCUGAACACUUAAAAGUUUCUUUGAGACAGUGGCUUUCAUGAGGAGGGUUAGUACUGUCUGUCGUUCCUCAUGGUAUGUGCACUGUCGUCACUAAUCCUCACAUCUUGUAUUCUUCCCUGAAUUGGUACAGGUACUGAUGGAAAUCUCUAAUGGAUAAAUAAUCAUAACACUUUUGGUUACAUGUUUUUUUCUGCAGCCUAAAAGUUCUUAAAAAGAUAUCAAAUGCCUGCUGCUACCACCCUUUUAAAUUGCUAUCUUUUGAAAAGCACCAGUAUAUGUUCUAGAUUGAUUUCCCUGUUUGAGGGAAAUGACAGACAGUAGCUUCAGUUCUGAUGGUUUAAGCAAAACAAAUAAAACAUGUUUAUAAAAGUUGUAUCUUGAAACACUGGUGUUCAACAGCUAGCAGCUUAUGUGAUUCAACCCAUGCAUUGUUAGUGUCACAGAUUUAUGGUUAUGUCCAGCAGUUAUUUCUGUAGCAUUUGCACCUACCUUUUGUCUAAUUUAACCCGAAUUGAAUUCUCCUUUUUUAUGGAGAAAUUUGUGUUCCAAGUGGUGAUUCUUUGCCUUGGACGCAUAGGGAGAGCCCCAAGUUGGAUGGAAAUGGACAGUUUAGUAGUGACAGAGUCUUGUGUUGGGAUCUGUGCUAGCAGUGUGAGCACUCAUCUGUGUGCCUGUGAACUUGCUGCUUGCUGUCCCGCUCCAUUUUGAUCUCCCGGAGAAUUAAUCCCACUUGUUAAGCAAAGGCAAUUAAGUAAAUGAUAUUUUCUGUGCAGCAGUUAAUUUUACAUUUCAGCCUUUAGCUAAGAAAUUUUCCAGCAGAUAUUGAGUUACUUAAAAACAAAACAGAAUGUUCCCAAACGUUCAUCAUUAGACAACUGGAAUUUUUUUUUUUUUUUUUUUUUUUUUUUUGCUGGUUUUGUAACCUACUAAAAUGGUUAGGCUGUUCAACAUUCCACAUUCAAAAAUUUUGUAGGGUGGUGGGUAAUGGGGGAUCUUCAAUGUUUAUUUUAAAAUAAAUAAAGUAAGUUCUGACUUUUCUCAUGUGUGGUUGUGGUACAUCAUAUUGGAAGGGUUAUCUGUUUACUUUUGCAAAUAAGUAUUUCUUUUGUUAGCACCUCCCCUUGUGUGCUUUAAAUGACAUCUGCCUGGGAUGUACCACAACCAUAUGUUAGGUAUAUUUUAGAGUAUGGAGAGAAUAUGUGUGGUUUGUUGGCUAAUUCCUCAAUGUGUGCUUGGGAUCCUAUGUAGAACUAAAUUUUCUAUAUGUUGAAAAUAAUUUAACAAUUUGACAUUUAAUCAAAAUUGAAGUAAAUAAGUUCUUUAUACAGCACUCAUACAUAGGGUGUGGAGAAGUACCUUCUAAGUUUCAAGCUUCUAUGCAUUGUCUCAGAUGUGAAUGUGUAAAGGUGUUUGCAGUUUUAUUACCUCUGUGUAUUUUUUUUAAAGAAUCAUUUGUUCAUUUGAAAACGCUUAAAGUAAGUGGGCAGUAUACCCACAGCUUAAAUGUAAACCUUUUAUGUCUAAAUUGAGACAAUAUUUUUCAAAGGAACUCUUCUCUGGGCAGAGAUCUAAAUAGCAUUAAGAUCUGAAUCUUGGUCUUCAGUAUUCUUACAUGUAAAUGCUUGUUAAAGCUGCAAAAGGCCUUUUGCUUGGUCAAAUUACGUAUUUUAGCAGUUACAAGGAAAUGAUUGUCAUACAUGUGUCAGUGUAGCAAGACCACUUAUAAGAAAGAUACUUUUGUAUAUGCAUAGUUAUUAGUCCUUUUACAUGUAUAAUGAAAUUUCUUUUUAAAAUGUUUUAGUAAAGGUAGCAUGUCAUUGAUUAGGGUAAUUUUAUUUCCAGACCUUAAAUACUCCUGAGGAAUAUAGGAGGGGUUCAUGGUAUCAUGAUAUUAAAGCAAAUGCCCUUUCAAUGAUUUUAGUCAACUAAUUUCUCAAGCUCUUUUGUCUUUUUCUGUAUAUGUGCACAGACGCAGACUUGAGACAUACGAAUGUUGGCUUCUCAGGUUCAUUAGCUGAGGUGCUUAGCUCACAACCAGUUAGUUCUUCACUGCUCAGUUUAUUGGAGCAGCUUCUAUGUGCUUCAGGUAAUUUGUAUUGUUCAUUGUAUUUUUAGUGGUACAUCUAACCAAGUGAGAUUGGAUCUAGCUAGGUAAGCACUGCAGUUAUGCCCUUCAUUUCAACCUGAAGCUGUUUAAUCUAUUCCACUUGAUUUCUUACACACUUGAAUUUGUUGAGGUAAACUUCAAAGAAGGGGUAUUGCUUUGAUUUGAGCUUGUCUCUUAUGAGAGUAACAAUGUCCAGAAAAAUGAAAGUAAAUUAAGCUCAUCUCUAUAUCUUUUUCCAUUUUCAAUUCUACAAACAUGUUGGAAAAGACUAGUAAAUAUUAUAAGUUUCAUUAGAUUAAGUUGUAUGAACUUGACUCGUCAUUGUUCUUGAGCAAAAUGUGUGUCAGUUAUCUAUACCAUUUGGUAAAACUUGAAAGUGAAGUGUUGGAGAGAAGAAAAGACUUAAAAUUGUCUAGUCUCAUCUCAGAAGGCCAGACUAGCACUGUUUUCUGUCUUGACUACUAGCAAUCCAAAAACCUGUUGUGAUGUCUAACUAGCUUCAUGCAGGAGUCACACUCCUCAGUAUUAGUAUUGACUGAAAGUUCUUGAUCUACCAGUUUUUAAAAACCAUAUUAUUUGUAAAUUA